CGGGCUUCAUAGUGCUCAACCUCACGUCCCAUCAAACCCAGUCUUUGUCGCCGACGGCUUCUCUCCGGCCGCCGGAGCUACUCACCGCCCACUGACUCCGCCGGAAACUCUCAUCACAUGACUGCACAACCUCAUCGGAAUCCGUCGUGAUCAAACUAUCCUUCUCUCACUAUCUCCGGUUGCCGGCGAUUUUCGCCGUCGUUCAGAGUGACGAACUGGAACCGGGAACGUCGCUCUCGCCAAUCCUGGUUUUAUCUCUCUCUGUGGAUGACUACUUGUGCGUCGCGCCAUUGAAAUGUGAGUUUCGAUCGUUGUUUCAGUUCAAAUCGACGGCGAUCACCGAUUUGAUUAUAGCUUGGGUUGCGGAAGUUGAGCGGGAUUUUGUGUUGAUUGUGCCGAGAUUUGAUGCUGGAUCUCAAUCUGGAGGUCGGCUCGGCCAAAUCAAGUCCGGACGGAGGAGAUUCGGCUGUGGUCAAAGGGACUUCCGGCGUCGUGUUGAAUCAAAUGGAUGAAUCGGUGACGUCAAACUCCUCCGUUGUCAAUGCCGACGGGUCAAGCUGCGUGGACGGGGAAGAAGAGUCGUGUUCCACACGAACCGUCACGUUCCAAUUCGGUAUACUGAAACGAGGAGCAGGAGGAGAAGGAGAAAAAGAAGAAGAAAAGGAAGCAGCGAUUACCAAGGAAUUCUUUCCAGUCACCGGAGGUAACAGAAACGGUGGGGAUUAUCAGAAUUCGGAGGCACAAUGUUCCAGAAACUCCAUCGAUUUUUCCUUCCAGAGGUGGAAACAAGCCGGCGAGAUUCUCGGACCCGGUAUUGGCGGCGUUGCGACGCGGGUGACGCAGCAACCGGCACAGCCGGUGAAGAAAAGCAGGAGAGGACCAAGGUCGAAGAGUUCGCAGUACAGAGGCGUUACGUUCUACAGGAGGACUGGGAGAUGGGAAUCGCAUAUCUGGGAUUGCGGCAAACAAGUCUAUUUGGGUGGAUUUGACACUGCUCAUGCUGCAGCUAGGGCCUAUGAUCGGGCUGCUAUUAAAUUCCGGGGUUUAGAUGCUGAUAUCAAUUUCAGUGUCGGCGAUUAUGAUGAGGAUAUCAAACAGAUGGCGAAUCUUAGCAAGGAGGAAGUUGUGCAAAUGCUUCGCCGUCAGAGCACUGGUUUCUCAAGGGGCAGUUCAAGAUAUCAAGGAGGGAAUUUGCACAAAUUUGGCAGAUGGGGAGCUCAAGUGAGCCAGCUUCCUGGAAAACCGGCUUAUGACAGGACAACCAUAAAAUGGAAUGAAAGGGAAGCUGCUACUAAUGUUGAGCCUCGUGCCUAUCAGAUGAUCCCUGAGGCGAGUAAUAGAGCUCCUGUCAAGCUUGACCUUGACCUGGGGAUAUCUCCUCCUGGUGGGGAUGGUUCGAAGCAAAAUGAGCGGUUACUCCAUCUUCAGCAUGUCCCUAAUGAUAUUGCUGGUGGAUGGAACUUCAAGAUGGAGAACCACACGGCCAUUGCAGUACGUGGUCCACCUUUCAAUUUCUUGAACAGGGGUUCAGACCAUCCUAUUCCCCGGAAUUUGUUACCUUCUCCUUCCUUUUCAGCAGAGGAAAGAAAGCAGGAGAAAGGUGUUCAGUCCAAUGCAGCAUCAUCAGGAUUCUCGUUCUCAGCUAGGCCUUCUUCAUCCACCACCACACCUCUUCUUCUUCCGCAUCAACCUUUCUCCAACCCAACAACACUCCCCAGCCUAUAUUUCAUCGCACAGUCGUCCAAUAACACAUCUCACCACUACCCUCACUACCACCGCACUGUCAUGCACCGCCCGUCACAAGCUCCGCCAUAGCUUUCUAUUAAAGGUUUCAGGACGGGUGAACCAUGGAUGAAGCUGUUGGAACCAGGCAAAGGACAGAACAUUGAGCCAUGGAUUCAUCCCUCUGUACUAUCACCCUCUUCUACAUUUGAGGAUUGUUUACGUAUGGGGGCUCGACUCGACGAAAGAGAGCGAGAACCUCGGAUUCUUUAUUAACUACCCUAUGUAUGUUUUGUGUUUGUGAAUUGGACCAACGUUUCGGGCAGACUACAGCCACGCCAUGUAUGUCCACCACAAAUAUCGUUGGCUGUAUCUUUGAAUCAAUUUCGUUCCUUUUGAUUUUUUUUGUUAGUAUGUUGUGUUGGAUUGGCAUAGGGAACAAUUGUAAUAAAAAGAUGCCGUUUUCAUGUGGUGUUGAAAAAGCA